AUGAAGCUGAAGCAGUUGGAUGCUGGAGCCGGACAGGUUUAUGGGGUCAACGAUGCCGAUGACAUAUUCCGUUUGAAUGGUGAUAACUGGGAGCAGGUUCCAGGAAAACUGAUACAUGUCAGUGUGGGUCCAGCCGGUGUUUGGGGUGCAAACAGACAGAACAGCAUCUACAAGAUUCAAGAUGGCGUCUGGGUGAACGUAGAAGGUAAGAGUUUACUGGUACAUAGGUCAGUCUUUAGAAUGAGCCAUUAAAGGUGAACUGUGAAUGUAUACGCUACAGAAAUAGAUACCUGAUAUACAUCUAUAAUGUUUUUUAUUUAGGGAUACAAUGUUUUAUUUAAUGGAUAACGUGUUCUGAUACAUUCCCACAUGGCCAUUUAAGUUCCCUUUCUCUCCUUUUUAGCUUACAUUUUCAAAAGUUGUCGGUUAUUAAUACUGAUUAUAUUUGAGUAGCUGUAUUAGUCAAAUAAUGUGUAUGCAAAACAAUGAUUUAUUGUAGUUUCUUUUAAUACCUUUUUUUAUUGGAUGAUCAUAAAUUCACAGUGAUGAGCUGACAGGAGUUUCUCCCUUUAUCAAAUUCAAAGCAUUUCUGACCAGUGAAGUGAAACAAGCAAGCUAAGCUAUCUGUAAUACAUGUUUAAAGGAGUAAAAACAGUUAUUCCAGGCAUGGGCUUCUACAGGACAUUUUCCACUGGGAAGGGGGCAUUAGUGUAAUGACAUUCAUGCUCUACCCCUUUUGACAGUGUCGUGAAGGGGAGGGGCAUAGUCAUUAUCACAUAAAGAGCAGGCAUGCAAAGGGUUAAGAAACCUGAUGCAAAAGAUUAAUAAAAUAAUCAAGUUGCCAUUGUUUGAUUUGAGUGUUGCAAUUUCUAAUCUGUUUUAAUGUUAACACUAUUUAAUGCACCACAUGAGUCAUACACACAUAAUUAAGGCACAAUUACUGAAUUAUAAAAAUAAAAAUGACUGCACUCAAAACUACCACCACAGCACUAGGUAGCGUGCACAGCAGUUGCCACAGUACUUGGAGACAUUCACAGCACCAGAAUAUGCCCACAGUACCAGAUUGCACCCACAACACUUCCCGCACCUUAUAAAUGCCAUUAAUAAUAAUAAUAAUAAUAAUAAUAAUUUUAAAAAAGGGCCCUUAGGGAGGCCCUCUAACAGAGGCCUUCUCAGCAUCCAUUGGAGAGCCUGUUAGAAAAAAAUAAAUUUUACCUGUUUGUCUCUUAGCCCCCAACACCAAUGAUCCAGUCCCUGCAAUAGUUUCAAUAUUACAUUUUCAAAGGUUAGGAUAUGGUUAUAAGGUUAUUAAAGGCUAGGAUAGGAGAAAGAAGUUUGAUAGGACCUGCUAGAAAGACUACAGGCUUCUAACGACUUACAGCUGCAGUCUAGGAGCAAGACAACAGGUUUUUGACAUUUUAGACAUUAGGAAAGGGUAUACUGCCCAGUGUAUUUUCUAUGCUUUGUGCAGCCCCAAACACACGGUGGGCAGAAGUAAUGCACCUACUUAACCCUUCCAUGACUGUAGCCAUUCCCCUUUUCUCUAAUGUAUCAUAGUCCACAUAUGUGGUAAUAGUGAAUCUCAUUACACGGGACAUACAGCAGACAUGGAACUUUAACAAAAAUUAAAAAAUUAGGGACUACAUCCUUCUACUCUGACUUCAUACAUGAAGUCCUGAAUUAUUUUCUAUAAUCUCAAAGGUGAUGAUUAUCAACUAGUUAUUUCCAUGUGUUAUUAGAUUGAGAUUUAUUUUUUAUCAGAGCCUGUCAAUCCACGUGUGUUUCCCACACUUCCCCCCAUGCCUCAUUUACCUGAUCUGUAGUCUGCCCCCCAUGCCUCAUUUACCUGAUCUGUAGUCUGCCCCCCAUGCCUCAUUUACCUGAUCUGUAGUCUGCCCCCCCAUGCCUCACUUAACGGAUCUGUAGGUUGCCCCCAUGCCUUACUUACCUAAUCUGUAAACUGCCCCCCAUGUCUCACCUGCCUGAUCUGUACCAGAUCAGGCAAUUAAUGGAUGGUUUCACCCUGGUCACAGUUCCUGCAUUCAGUCAUGCAUAGAGCAUCUCUUGAUGUAGAGGAAAACGAUUCCGUCAUGCUAUAUGUUUUAUUGUUGUGAGUGGCCAUGUGAUUUGUGCAGAUAUGCAGACAACGUUUGCAGUGUGGUUUGCUUCAGGACGUGCAGGUGUUACCCUAUUAAUUUUACUAAAGCUUCAAUCCCAUGAGGAAUCCAGGAAGUGUACAAAGGAACUCAUUUUAAAUAUCCUGUUUUCUGCUUCUAAUUUUUUUUAUAGGAUCCCUUAAACAGGUGGAUGCAGGGGGCAACAUAUUCAUAGGCGGUGUGACCGGCUCUGAUAAGGUUUACUGCAAAAACCAGGAUUCCACUCUUUCCAGGAGGGCAAAUCUCCCUUUCACCGAAAUUGAAGGCACCUUGAAGUAUUAUAGCUGUGGUCUCUAUGGCUGCUGGGGAGUGAACAAAUACAAUGCAGUAUUUUUUCGUCGGAAUGUGACUCCAACUAAUUGCCAAGGCAGUGAAUGGCAAGGUGUGGAAUAUAGUAUGACUAUGGUGGAAGCUGGCACAGAUGGAUCAGUAUAUGGAAUUGCCUUCCAUGGCAUGGUAUUUAAAAGGUACGUACUGACUAUUUAUCUGUUUUUAUUUAUCUGUUUUAAAACAUAUAUUCACUGUAACUAUAAAAAACAGACUGUAUAUGCAUAAAUAUGUAAUUUUUACAUUGUAUUCGGGGCAUGGUAGGAUUUGUUGUACCCUUAGUUUCUAGUGUCACCUACAAGCCAAUCCAGGAAUGUGCUAGAGGAGACUAGACAAACAUGACUAUAAAUAAUAAUUGUGUCUGUCUUUUCCCCACAGACAAGGAAUCUCUUCUUCAAACCCACUUGGGACUGAGUGGUCUCUGCUGGAUACAUUUGAUUACUUUAAGCAUGUCUCGUAUGAUAACGGAGUGCUAUGGCUUAUUCACCCAGAGGGAAAUGUCUACAAAUGUUAUGGCAGCUAGUGUGCAUGGGCAUCAAUUAACAAAUCAGUUUUCUGUUACCUUUACUGAAUCUGUAAUCUUCUGUUUUCUAUGGACAUCAAGCAAAGUAAAUUCUAUGUGAUUCCAUCAUUGUGAGCUUUUAUUAGCAGUAAUCAGGCAUCUGUCUUCUUCAGUGAGU